UUCUGCGCGGGCUCAGACGCUGCUCCGGCGCACGGCUCCGCUGGCGGUUGGCAAGAGUGGGAGCGGGUGAGGUAAAAACCGGCGCCAUGGUGGAGAAGGAAGAGGCCAGCGGCGGCGGCAUCAGCGAGGAGGAGGCGGCGCAGUAUGACCGACAGAUCCGCCUGUGGGGGCUGGAGGCCCAGAAGCGGCUUCGAGCUUCCCGGGUGUUGAUUGUCGGCAUGAAAGGACUUGGGGCUGAAAUUGCCAAGAAUCUUAUCCUGGCGGGAGUGAAAGGACUGACCAUGCUGGAUCACGAACAGGUAUCUCCAGAAGAUCAUGGAGCUCAGUUCUUGAUUCGAACUGGGUCUGUGGGCCAGAAUAGGGCUGAGGCAUCUUUGGAACGAGCCCAGAAUCUCAACCCCAUGGUGGAUGUAAAGGUGGAUACUGAGGAUAUAGAGAAGAAGCCAGAGGCAUUCUUCACUCAGUUUGAUGCGGUGUGCCUGACUUGCUGCUCCAGGGAUGUCAUCGUUAAAGUUGACCAGAUCUGUCACAGAAACAGCGUCAAGUUCUUCACAGGAGAUGUCUUUGGGUACCAUGGGUACACCUUUGCAAAUCUUGGAGAGCAUGAGUUUGUAGAAGAGAAAACCAAAGUUGCCAAAGUUGGUCAAGGAGUAGAAGAUGGGCCUGAUACCAAGAGAGCAAAACUUGAUUCACCUGAGACAACCAUGGUCAAAAAGAAAGUACUUUUCUGCCCUGUAAAAGAAGCGCUGGAAGUGGAUUGGAGUGGAGAGAAAGCCAAGGCUGCGCUGAAGCGCACAGCCCCAGACUACUUUCUGCUGCAAGUGCUGCUGAAAUUCCGCACAGAUAAAGGGAGAGAUCCCAGUUCUGAUAGCUACAGCGAGGAUGCAGAGCUGCUGCUACAGAUACGAAAUGAUGUACUUGACUCGCUGGGUGUCAGUCCUGACUUGCUUCCCGAUGACUUUGUCAGGUACUGCUUCUCUGAGAUGGCUCCAGUGUGUGCUGUGGUUGGAGGAAUCUUGGCACAGGAAAUUGUGAAGGACAACUUGCAGGAAUUGGUUCUCUCUCGCAUGGGAGUUUCAGGCCCUGUCUCAACGGGACCCUCCUCACAACAAUUUCUUCUUUUUUGAUGGCAUGAAGGGGAGUGGAGUUGUGGAGUGUCUGGGUCCCAAAUGAGCCAGCGGUGUGUGUGCUCCAAGCCCACUUGCCACCUGCUAUCUUCCCAAGAAGGCAUUUCUGGAUGACAAAGAUUUUCCUAGAACAAGUAGUCCUGACUGUAUCCUGCUUCCAUCCUACCAACUGUCAGGGACCUGCCGGGCUCUGUACCAUCACCAUCAAAGAGCAGCAUGCUUCGUGUUGUUGGAGCUUCUUAGAACCUUCUGGACUUCGUUCUUUCCGUAGGUCAACAGAAAGGAGAAGGCCUUCAGCGGGGGUAUGAGGCCCAGAGCUUUUGAAACUCAGUGCAAGUGCUCUUCUGCCAAAGCCUGAAGGAGAACAGCCUUCGGUUACUGAACCUUCAUCAGGGUGUAGCCUGGGCUUUGGAAAGGGAGUCUUUCUUGUCACCCAGCUUUCUUACAAGCUAAGCCUUAGUGGAACUGUUCAUUUCUUAUCUUUUGGUUGUGAGCCUGUGAACCUAACCUAAUAGCUGAGCCAUCUCUCAGCCCAAAUUUUUAUUUCUAAAAAGGCAGAUUUGGUGCCAGGGGCAUGAUGUAAGCCUGUAAGCCUGUAAUCCUAUAAAAUGGGUUGCAGAGCCAGGAGGAUUGUUGUAAGUUUCAAGGCCAACCUGGUCUACAAAGUGUACUAAGAACCUGUCUCAAAAUAUAAUAAAAGUUGUGUUCCAGAGUUAGAGGUGACUGUCCCCUCAUCUUGGGCACCCAGGUCCUCCGGUGGGAGGCUUGAGUUGGUUUGGUCUUCUUGGGGGUGGGACAGCUUGUUGUCUCUAGUUUGUAGAUUCCCUUGGUGUUUGUGGGGAAUGAUAAUAAAGUCAUAACUCUGUCAAACUUGCCUGUUUCCUCUG